AUGAAGGCCUUAACAACUAUUUUUCCUGGAAUAAAAUUACGUGGAUGCCAUUUCCACUUCACGCAAUGCUUGUGGCGAAAAAUUCAAGAUGUUGGCUUAGCAUCCGUAUAUAAACAAAAUGAAGAUAUUCGAAUGCAUGUCAGGAAGUGUGGAUCAAUGGCUUACCUUCCUCUUGAUAAAAUUGACGACGCAUGGCUUAUUAUUCAGAGUACUGCACCUGAUGACGUAAAGCUAACUGAAUUUAAUGACUAUUUUGUUGAAAACUGGCUCGACUCCGCCACUAUUUCUAAGGAAAUGUGGAAUUGUCACGAUGAAAAGCACCGAACAAACAACAUCGUCGAAGGAUGGAACCAUAAAUUUAAAACACUGAAUGUAAUAUAUGCAGCGUUGCUCACAAAGGCAGGUGCUGCCAGUGGCGGCCAAAUAACCAGAAAACAACAUCCAAGGACCUGA